GGUUCAGGUGUUGUGAGCUUGUGCAUCGCUAGUGCAACUAGGAAUUCUGCGCGCGCGAUACAGGUCGGAUGCUGUCAGUUCCGUAUAGCUGAUAGGUGAAGCUUACAGAGGAUGCAGUUUUCGCGCGGAUCGUCGUGAAGAACCUUCGGAAGAGGGUUGGGGGGAAGAACCGUGUGAUAAAUAGUGGUCCAUUGUGAAAAGUGAAUAGUUGCAGCGCAUCAACAAAACGGAUGUAGGUGAGGGAGUGCGGAAUGGAGCGCUGGCGGAAGGUGCUGUCAACGCAGAAGUUGAAGCAGUUGGCGACGGUUCAUCUGGACACCAGUUGGAUGCUGGCCGGCUUCGCGUAGGGACGUCGUCUGGUCCACCGGAUGCUGCGGAUUUAGAGUCCCGGGACGUACCAGAAUCGUGGCCCGUAAUACACUAUUCUUAGAAAGUUGGAAGAGUUUUUGCGUGCGAGGAGAGAGCUCAUUUGCUGAAACAUCGGCCAGUGUGUGUUUGUUUAAUUUGCCCGUUUGUGUGUGCUAUUUUGUGGUGUGAAUUUUCUCUCAUCAACUAGUCGUUGCUGGCCUUUUCCGUAAACACAAGUUUUUCAGUGGAGAAAAAUAAUCUAGUCUUAAUUGGACCACCCCACCAUCAGGCAGAACGUUCGUUUCUUCGCGGCGGGAACGACGACCUGUAGAUUUCCUUUUUACAUCGACUUUGAACAAAACGAAUGAACGUAGAUGAAAAAAAAAACAAGUGGCGCUACAAGUGGUAAAAACGUAAAAAUACACGCAAGUGCAAGUACGUGUGCAAGGUGUGCGUUGUGACUUCGAGGGGAAGAAGCUGUGGAUGAUAAUUUGUAGAGCGGAAUAUAUACGACGGAUAAGUGGCUGCUGAAGUUGGGGGAGCUGGGCUGAGGAGUUGCUGUAUCAUAGAAAACACGACACUGCCACCACCCCCACAACCGUCGCCACCACCACACGCUAGAGGUGUUCAGGUUUUCACCCGUGGUUCGAGCCCGGCAUGAUACGUUGCCCGUACCUGCAUGAGAUGCACGAACGCCUUCUGGGACCAACGCCACGCCGCGCGAUUGCGAUAACGACGACGACGACGACGACAACCAGCGCCAAGAACGCUUUUCCACCCCUGGCCAAGCCGGAAAACACGAACCUGGACCAGCACUUUAACGGCGGCAGCCCGAUGGAUCGCGAAAGUGACUGCCUGCUCGAGAGCCGGCCCGACAGCCGACAGAUUGGCACGAUGGUUAAGCUCAACCCGGACGGAUUCGGGUCGCACACGACGCCGUCCCACCACAAAACACCGCUAGUGCCUUGCAACGGAACGACCGACGACGACGACGACGAUGACGAUUGCGACGAGCACGACGCGUUCGGUUCCACCGUCACCGACUCGGACGACGCGGGAAUCCACCUGCGGUCCCACAUCCGCAAGAUAAUCGAGGGCCGCAAGCCAAAGAAUGCCAACAUAUUUUGGGAACCCGUCACUGCCAAAAGGGCGAAGCGUCAUUUAAGGCGUUUAAGAACCUCCCUCUUCAUCGUAACCAGUCUAGUCUACGCGAUGCUGCUGAUCGUAGUGUGUGUCGCGUACGUCAUUAGUGACGUCACCACGCACCGGCUGCCGGUCAUCUACUACGAGGGCUUCUUCACCUACCUGUACGGGGCCAGCAUCCUGUUCCUGCUGUACGUGUUCUGCUUCCUGCUGCAAGAAAGCUCUUGUUGCAACGGAAAGCCCAAACCACCCAAAGAGAAGAAGCCAAAGAAGGAGAAGAAACCAAAGAAGGGUGACGCCGAAGCCGGUGCCGCCAAGGACGGAAAGGACGGCAAGGAUGCCAAGGACGGGAAAGAUGCCGGAAAGGACAAGGGCAAGGGUGCGGAGGACAAAUCUAGCAAGGCUUCCGCCAAGGCCAGCCCGUAUCAGGAAGUCUAUCCGAAGAAGAAGCGCGAUCUGCUGCGUGAAUCGCAACAGCGAGUUGCCCCCGUAGGUGGUGGAAGUAGUGUGGUCGUUGUUGUUGGCGGAAGUAGUAGUAAAGCUGGUGGCCACGUCAGCCGGCGACAUCAACCGAAGUCCGCUUCACAGGCCGUCGUAGAGCCGACCCCGGAUCCGGAAGUUGCCCUCUCGCCACGAUGCAAGCGCAAGACGACCACCGACCCCGUCCACGGAAGCUUCUUCCUGCGCGUGGGUGCCAUCGCCUUCGGCCUCGGCACUAUGAUCUACACCGGGCUCGAGUUUGGCUCCUUCUUCGAGAUCCCGUUCACCUCGCCCUGUCACCAGAUCCUGCGCGGCGUCAACCCGCUGCUCCAAAUGAUCUUCACCUUCAUGCAGAUGUACUUUAUCUUCAUGAAUGCCAGGCUCAACAUCCACCGGUUCAAGGUGCUGGCCCGGUUCGGCCUGAUGCACAUCGUGGCCACGAACGUGUGCGUCUGGAUCCGUACGCUGGUGCUGGAAUCGCUGAAGGAGAUUACCGCCCAUCAUCAGAACCGGGUGACCUCGGAGCCGGAGGACAAUCCUAUCUUGGAGAAUCUGAGACAGCACACGCUGCGGAACGCAGGAAUGGUCAUGGGUACGGAGUUGGGACCGCGCGAAGAUACCGAGUGGGAGCCGAUCAGUGUGAACUUGAACGCGCACGAAGAUUUGUCCCAGGAGAGCAGCGGCGUGCUUUCGAAGAUCAUCCAGAACACGGUGCAAACCAUUACGGAUGCUACGAGCACGACUACGCGAGCUAGCUCGACGAGUUCGUCGACAACUCCAAGCACGACUACGACCACGACGGCUUCGGCCAUCACCAGCACCAUAACUUCGACGGCCUCCAACCUGUUCGACCGCAUCCGUGACAUUGUCGUAGCCGAAACAACCUCCACCGAGUCCAGCUCGGAAGCUGCCCACCUGGACUCGACAACCGCUUCGACCACGACCACCACCGCCGGAGGAUCUUUCCUGGACCAGUUCGUUGACCACGUGGACUACAUGCAGCAGCGCAACAACAGCCUGGACCAGACGUACGAAUCGCUAGAGUCACUGUUCCCGCAGGCCUUCAUCGCGACCUCCACCGCCAUAUCGACCGCCAACGGCACCGUAGUCAGCUGUGGCCGCGUCAACAUCAUGGGAACCAUCGUGCAGGACUCGGCCCCGUAUCUGUACCCGUUCAUCAUCGAGUACUCGCUGAUCGGUGCCGCCGUGAUCUACGUCAUGUGGAAGCACAUUGGACGAUACCCCAAGUUCACCAGCGAGGAAGAUCUGGAGCACCGACUGGAGGUCAUGCUAUCGCGCCGCGCCGUCGUAAUGGCCCAGCAGGCUCGCACCGGACGGGUGGACUGCGUUGGAGCGUCCAAGGGACUAUUCUUCGGACUGUUGCUGCUGGUCGGUUCGUUGAUCUGUCUGAUUUUGUUCUUUGUGCUGGUUAGACAUCCGCAGCUGUCGCUGCUGGCGAUCUACCUGGCCGACGCUUCGCACUGCAUCCUGAUGGUGCUGGCCGUGUUUGCGAUCAUCAUUGGCUUUAUUCGCGUCCAAAACCUCAAGUUCCGCUGCGAGGAGCAGAGCAACCUGAACGACAUCCUGCUGCGCAUCUCCGCCUUCGGUUUGUUCAUCUACUCCACGUUCAGCGUGAUCGCCGGCUCGCUCAACGCCAUGGAGAGCGAACCGAACCUGCUCGUCAUGGUCACCGGAAUCGUCGCCGUCGUCCAGGUCAUCAUCCAGCUGCUGUUCAUCGCGGACGUUUCGCGCCGCCGCGUCCACCUGCCCGAGCACGACCGCAUCAAGCCGGGCCGCCAGAUCGUCACAUUCCUGCUGAUUUGCAACGUUUCCAUGUUUGCGAUCUACACCUUUGAGGCGCAAAAGGUGACCUCCAAUCCGGUUCAACUCGAGUUCUACGGCUUCCUGGCCUGGUCGCUGAUCCAGCGCGUCACCCUGCCGCUGUGCAUCUUCCACCGCUUCCACAGCGCGGUCACGCUAGCCGAGAUCUGGAAGUCCACCUACAAGGCACGUCUGGAAUAAGUGGCCGAAGAGCCGAAGAUCCGAGCCGACGGCGACGAUGGUGAAGAUACGCACACGCAUCCAUCACCGGCACCACCACCAUAAGAACCAGAACACAAGACAACAGUCACGAUUGCACUCACACAUUCAUAAAAGUAAAUGCGAUAAGCAAAACGUGCUCACGAGCGGAAACGAUGACGUAAGCAGCGAGCGAGCGAGCGAGAGAGAGUGCGCGCGCGCUCUGAGCUGCGCUCACCAAUACUUGUAAAAGUUGGAGAAGUUGGAGAGUUUUUGGUCUACUCUCUAUCUCUUGGAAUCUCUUUUUUUCACAUGACAAGACGGUUCUUCUCUCGUUUUUGGAAAGGAAUAAGAUUUUUUGCAGGUCUUACAGAUUUCAAAUAAAACAAUGUAAAUGGGCUAAAGUCGAAGUGUAAACAAACAGUAUGUCUUUCUUACGUCAAUGAAUGUUUGCAUUAUAAAAGAGCAGUACAGACUUUACAUCUUUGAAACUUUUUGAUUGUUUCUCGCAGUUUUUUCAACUGUCACUUGUACUCAAUUUUGAGUUCAGUUUGGUGAAAAAUGCGAUUUCAAAAUGUAAACAAAUAACUAUCUAGUAAUCGAGUCUUCAAAAGUUAAGUCCGUUUUUUUAAGAAAUAUUUACAUUAAAAUGAUGGAUUCAAAAAUUUACUAAAACAUUCAAAGUAUGUUUACAUGGCAGCUGAACGUUUGUUUGCAUCAGAUUUCCUAUUUCUUUCUAGGAAAAGUGAUUUGUUAGGCGAUUUCAAGCUGGUUAUUUUAUACUGUCCGCUCGAUAUGUCAAACAUCAUACUUCGCAGGGGUGUGACAGCUCGAGCUCGAUCAUUGUUUGCAUCAGGACAGGAGGAGAAGGUCAUCAUUUUUGGGUUGAAUUAUAUUUUUUUCAUUGGGCCUAGAAAGCCUUAUUGACGGCGUACGGCACUUCACCUAAAUUCUCUACCAAAAAUCGCGGAGGGAAUGUACUGACUGUCACUUCAAAGAGGCAAGAGAGAACUCUCUCCUAAGUUUUUCUCUUUCAAUAAAUACUCAAUGAAACUCUUCUGAAGUAGAUUCUUUCGCGGCUGAUCGCGAGAAAAAUCUUCUAAUGAGAAUGAGAGAUGUCUGCGUCAACGUACGAAGAGAGAGAACAAAAGAGAGAGAUCGCGCGCUCAAAAAGGCAUCCAAAACAAAUAUCACACAGUAGUAGUGAGUGCGCGUGCAAACACACCUUCUCUUUGUAUGGGUUCGAUCGGUUUUAACGUUUCUGGUGCAGCAGCAGUGCGGCCAGAUAUGCUCAUUUUUUUCGGAUUCCGUAAAUGUGAGGCAUUUUUUCUACACCUUUUUCGAGUCUUGAUUUCCCGGAACGUCUCUAUAAUCAAUUUCGGAGUAAAACAACAAACAAAUAGUAGUGAAAAUAUUUAUAUUGAAACCGAAGAGUGUAUCACACAAAGUCAUAAACACAGUCAAACAGCGUACUUAAAUUAUUUAUUUAUUAACUUAAGCACGAUGUGAGCCGUUUUUGCGAUGAGUUCUUUUUUAUAUAUAUCAUGUGAACAUAAAUGAGAGAUCCCGUAGCAACUAACCAGCAAGAGGAAGGAGAAAAAAAACUAAGUAUAAAUCGUACUUUCAUCACGUUGUAAUAGUGUAUCGUAAACAUACCAAACUAAACACAAGUAAAGAAUCCCUUAAGAAAGUAAAAGAAAUGAAUCGUAUAUUGGUAGUUAUAAAAUUUGAAAAUUUUACUCAGAAUAUUAAAAAUGCAUACAAAAAAAACUCACCCACAACUUCACCCAUUAGGAAAAGUUGAAUAACAAAAAAAUAACACGCGGAAAAGUGGCAAUAAAAAGGAGUCAGAAUUUUGACAGUUUGCGGUGGCCAAAUGGGUGAAUCUUGUUCAAAUCUAUGUGUAGUUGUUAGAUUAGUAACAUGUCACAUAUUUAAGUCAUAACACAAUCUCAAGCGGCAUCAACAGCAUCCCAUAAUUGAAAAUAGCAAAACGAUUUUUCGCAGUUUGAGAACCACCCUAACCCACACACACACACAUACACACAUUGAUAGAGAAAUCAAGAGGAAACAGAAAACAAUGAGGCAACGAUAACCGGUAGUAAAAAAAGAAGUGGAAGAAAACAACAUUAAUAAAAACACAAUGACAAGGCAGUUUUUUUUUAUUGAGAUAUGUAAGUAAAAUUUGCCCACCAUAUUUACAAUACAAAAUAAAAAACGUAAAGGAGAAAUAAUUAAAAUGUCAAAUUUUUCAAAAUUGUUAAAGUUUAUUGAAUACAAAGGUAAAGCUUGGCACUUCCGUUCGCUGAAGUGUCAUCGUAAACAAACAAACACACACAAACAUUGAAAUUUUCUUCUCAAAACGUCACCUUUUUACGUUCUUAGUUAGUCCCGUGCUGUGAUAUUUUAGUUGAACCAUUAUUUCUCUACACUAACUAAAUAAGGCCAAAAUCUCCCUCAUUUCACGUCACAGUGCACGUUCAUCAGUCAAACUCUCCCCUCCUUUCACUAAUACACAUGCGUUCGAAAGGAAACACAUUUAUACACACACACACUUACACACUUAUGAUGGACCAGACUCUAGUUUCGAUACUCUUUCGCGCGUUGAUUUACACAAGUAAAAUUAGUAACGGAAGCGUUUAAACAAACUCAAACCGAUAAAGAAAACACUUUUAUUGAGGAAACCUUUUUAAAAUGUAACUUUUUAGAUGAAAACAAAAAAAAAAGAAACGAACGAGGACGACGAGUUCAGAAGGCCAAAAGUAUAUAUAUAUUCUGUCGAAGUAAAUUGAAGAGGAAAUCUGCAGAAAGAAAGCAAAAAAAUCAUUCCAUCAGCUCAAACCAGUAGUGAACGAAACACGUGAGAAACGAAAUAAAAAAAAAACUAUUGAUUGGUCAAUACUUGUAGCCAAGACUUUACGAAACAAAAAAGAAACCCCGUAUUGAGAAUAAUCCUCCCUUAAACUGAAAGACCCACACUCUCAAAAUUUGAUGUUUAGCUCUUUUAGCGUGUCUACGACAACCAAAACAAAAUCAGAAGAAUACCACCAAUACCAACAGAGAGCUAGAAGAGCCGUCAAUUCUCAGUAGUGUCGUAAUGAGUAGCGCCAGACCGCCUUUGACGCACUCUCUCGCGGAGCUAAGAGCUAAGCAAGUAGCUAAAACAAAACCAGUAGAAAUGACCUUUUCUCCAGAAAAUUAAACCCGGAACAGAACGGAAGCGAAACCGAAAAGAGGAAAGAGCCCGUAAAACACUGCCGAUAUUUACAACCACAUCCAAAAAUCUCACACAAGACCACUCACACUCACAAAACAGACGCAGCGAAAGACACCGCGCGAAGCGAGAGAGCGCAAGUGCGCGCGAAGCGCGGUUGAUGAGGUGAGAGCGCGCGCGUUGCUACGCAACGGGCAGCAAACUUGUUUGUGUAUUUGUUGUUGCGACGAAACGACGAAGCGAUGGAAACUAAUAAUCAAAAUUAAAUGAACGCAAAGAAAUGUUUGAAGAAAAAUUAAUAACGACACAUGUUUAAACGUGAAAUGUCUAACUAGAAAGAAAGAGAAAAAGAAACCUACUAACACACAAACAAACACAUCUAACACAUAGAAGGAAACCCAAUCGCGGUAACAAUUUGUUGGUUAAGGUGAAAAUAAGUUUUUCUACUCGUUUUAAGCUCUAUUUUUAUACGAAUGCGAACGAAACUCUGAACAAAACAAAGAAUGAAACAAGUGAGAGAAACCGAGUCAAUAAUCGUGGCGAAAAAAAAGAAGAAAUGUUGCAUUUUUGUCGAUUCCGUUUUGUACAAGAAAUACUAAAAAGAAAAAGUUAAUGAAAACAAAAAAUACUAACGCAAAAAAAAUAGCGUUUGAAUUGUGUACCUAAAACGAUAUGUUUCGAAAACCCCUGAGUUGAUUGACACUUGACAAGAGAGACAAACAAAAAAUCUGACAGAGUUUGACACCAUAGCGAGAGUUUGAAGUUUGAAGAAAAAGGUUGUUUGCCGAACCCCCUUUACAGAGAACAAAAACAAUAGAGUGUGACACAGCUACCCAAUUACACGAAUACAUACACAGAAACAGAAAUAUAGCAAAUAAAACCGGAAAAAAAACACAAUGGCAGAAGCAUUGUUGGGCGAACAUUUGAGGGGGAAACAAAAGAAAACAA